AUGGCGGAGAUUGUGAUUCUUCUAGCCAUUAAAAAGAUUGGAAUUGCCUUGGCAAAUGGAGCGGCACACCAAGCCAGCGCGUUGGUUGGAAAGUACAAGACACAACUGCAGGAGUUACAGCGCAGCAUGGAUCGUGUCAUGAGGGAGCUUCGCGUAAUGCAUGAUUUUCUUUGUCAAAUGGACAUUCGAAACCGCAACUUACAAGUGCAAGAGAGCUGGUUGGGGGAAGUACGAAAAGUAGCACAUUUGAUGGAGGACACGGUGGAUGAGUAUUUGUAUCAAGUUGGUCGGGAACAUGAUAUAGGGUGUUGCUUUUACUUGAAUAAAGGGUUCAAAAAACCAAGAUCUCUGCUUUCUUUGAACAUGAUAGCUUUCAACGUGAAGGAAAUAGAGAAAGACCUUUCACACCUGUAUGAGACAAAAAACCGUUGGGUUCUUGUGAACGGUGGGGAUACUGGCAGCUCAAAUUAUAUCGUCGAGAGGUCCCAAGAUCUAGCAAACAUCUCACGCUCGCUUGAUGAUGAAGAUCUAGUGGGGGUGGAUGAAAACAAAGAAAAACUUGUGAUGUGGUUGGCAGGUGAUGAUCUAGAACGCUCUGUGGUAGCAUUGCUCGGAAUGGGAGGGCUUGGUAAAACAACUUUAGCUGCAAGUGUCUACAAGAAGGUGAGAGAGAAAUUCCAGUGUCAUGUUUGGGUCUCCAUCUCUCAAAAUUAUUCUAAAGAAGAUGUCUUGAGGAAUAUAAUCAAGAAACUUUUUGAACAUAAUGUCAGUGUUCUAUGUAGCACUGUGGCUAUGGACAUCACGUGCCUUGAAGAGACGGUGAAGAAGUUUCUGGAGCAACAUAAGUAUUUGAUUGUGUUGGAUGAUGUUUGGACUCCAGAAGCAUUUGAUGACUUGUCUAGGGCACUUGCUCAAAAUGAUAAGGGCAGUAGAUUGAUUAUCACAACAAGGGAAGGCAGUGUUGCUGCGCUUGCCUCUCGAGGGCAUAUCUUAACAAUGGAAGCUUUACCAGAAGACAAGGCAUGGGACCUCUUUUGUAAGAAAGCCUUUCCAAGAGAUACAAAUCAUGAAUGCAAUGUGGAGUUGAAGCCUUUAUCCGAGGAAAUAGUUAGCAAGUGCAAAGGCUUGCCUCUUGCUAUUGUGUCAGUUGGUAGCCUAUUGCGUGUGCGUGAGAAAAGUAUGGAAGAAUGGAGAAGAAUAAAUAACCAAUUGAGUUGGGAGCUAGUUAAUAAUUCUAGUCUUAGUGAUAUAAGGAAUGUUUUGCAUCUGAGCUUCAUAUACCUUCCAACACACUUGAAAAAUUGUUUCUUGUACUGCAGCUUGUUUCCUGAAGACUAUCUUUUCAAAAGGAAAGAACUUGUACGAUUAUGGACAGCCGAGGGGUUCAUCGAGGAGAGGGGUGAAAGCACAUUAGAAGAAGUGGCAGAAGGCUAUCUGAAGGAGUUGAUUGAUAGAAACAUGCUACGACUUGUUAAAAGGAACAGUUUUGGUAGGAUGAAGAAAUUCAGAAUGCACGAUAUCUUACGUGAAUUGGCAAUGGACUUGUGCCAGAAGAACUGCUUUUGUGUUAAAAAUGAGAAUAAAUGUGGGGAGUCUCUUCAGAAGGAUGAUGGGCGUCGAUUGGUGCUGCAUAAACUAAAAAAUGACAUGCAACAACCAUUUUCCAAUAUGCACCAACUUCGAACUGUCAUUACAUUGGGCGGUAGCAAGUCGACAUUGGAUCUACUACCUCGGCUAUGUGAUAAGUCGAGAUAUAUGACAGUGCUAGAAUUAAGUGGUCUACCCUUCGAUAGGAUUCCAAAUGCUAUUGGUGAUCUUUUUAAUCUUCGCCAUUUGGGUUUGCGUAAUACAAAAGUGAAGUUACUCCCGAAGUCUGUUACGAAGCUUUCGAAUUUGUUGACACUGGACCUUUAUAGAUCUGACAUACAUGAGUUGCCUAGUGGGAUUGUGAAACUGAAGAAGCUCAGACACUUAUUUGCUGAGAAAACUAUUGAUCCGGAUUGGAGAGGAAUUGCAUGUUGCCAUGGUGUGUGUAUCCCCAAUGAUCUCGGAAAUCUAACAAACCUGCAGACGCUAUACGCGUUGGAAGCACAAGAUGAGUCUCUUAGACUACUAGGGGAGCUGAGGCAACUAAGGAGCUUGAGGUUAUUAAAUGUGAAAGGAAGCUAUUGUGGACGUAUCAGUGAAUCUCUAGUUCAAAUGCGGCAUUUGUCCUUGCUAUCUGUGAAUGCAAGUGAUGGGAAUGAGGUUCUCCUAUUGAAUGUCCUCCUGCCAAGCCUGCAAAAGCUACGUCUGAGAGGACGGUUAGCAGAAUGGUCAUUGGAUGAGUCUCCUCUCUUCCAAGGUGUAGGCGGGCAGAACUUGUAUGAAUUGUCUCUAUAUUGGUCACAAUUGAGAGAAGACCCCCUGCCAUCCCUUUCCCGGUUGUCAAACUUGACGUGUCUACAGUUCACAAGAGCAUACAAUGGAGAGCAGCUGACAUUUCUCUCAGGUUGGUUUCCCAAGCUAAAGAUUCUCUUUCUAAGAGACUUGCCUAAUCUGAAUCGGCUAGAGAUACAGCAAGGUGCCAUGGCGAGCCUGGAAAAAUUAUACUUAACCAACCUCAACAGCAUGACUGAGGUUCCACCGGGCAUUGAGUUCCUCCUGUCCCUCCAGUAUCUAACCUUCCGUCAAAUUACCAAUGACUUCUUGUCGGUGCUGCGCGGAUGUUCUGCAAUUGAAGGGACACAGUGGCAGCAUACUCUCCGACGUUGA